ACCUUUUCAAAAUGUGGGCGCCGCCAUCUUUUUUUGUUUUAAUUGUCAGGCUAAGGUUCCCCGUUGGGUGCCGCCAUUGCACUCCCAUCGCUCUCGCGUGACAUAUCGCGAGAAGAGGCUUGGACUGCAGAAGCGGACAGGCUGCCUUGUAGAACUUUUGAGAAGCGCGGCGACGGUGGCGGAGGAGGGUCAUGAUCUCCGGGUUGACGACCGCCCGGCGAGGGCUGCUGGGCAGCUGCGGUGUUGCCCUUUCUCGGAGUAUCCAGACAGGUUUCCAGAGACUGCAGGAAUUAGCAGAGGAUUCGGUUGUGGAGACAGAGGCCACAAACAAGAGUGACUUCAGCUUUUUCCCCCCAGCACCAGGAAGAGAGAGCUCUUUGAGAUGGGCUGGAAAGAAGUUUGAAGAGAUCCCAAUAGCUCAUAUCAAAGCUACAUAUAACAACACUCACAUCCAGGUUCUCUCACCUGAGAGAGUCCCUCUGGCUCUAUCUACCUGCGGCACCGAAGGCUUCAAGAACGCCAAGAAGGCUACAGCCAUCGCAGCUCAGACUACUGGAAUUGCCGCAGCAACUAAAGCCUGCGCAAAAGGUGUGUCGCACGUCCGGGUUGUGGUGAAAGGCCUGGGACCGGGACGAAUGGCUGCCAUCAAAGGACUCACCAUGGGCGGUUUGGAGGUGAUCUCCAUCACAGACAACACCCCGAUUCCGCACAAUGGCUGCAGGCCUCGAAAGGUGCGAAGGCUGUGAGGUCGAAGCUUGCGUCGGGAUGGCAAGACUGUUCCUCUGCUCUGCUUGCAGCUAUCAAAUGGGCUCAGGCCUUGGGUUUUGUCCAUAGAAAUACAAUAUAAAUGUAUAAUGUUUUAUCAUGAAGUCUGUAUGUUAAA